AUGCAUAUUAAAAGAAUUCUUAUGGACGUCUUUGUUGUUGGGUCUGAUCUAGCUGCUGCGACACUUGUUUGGUCUAUGACAGAAGUCAUUAAGAGCUCAAUAGUUGUGAAAAGAGCACAAGAAGAGGUUCGAACGAAAAUUGGGACUAAGGAGAUAAUAGAAGAAAGUGAUCUUCAUAAACUUAGUUACAUGAAGUUAGUGAUCAAGGAAGCAUUCAGACUUCAUCCUCCUGCACCAUUACUACUUUGGGAAACCAACGAGGACUUUACGAUCAACGGUUACAACAUUCCAAUCAAAACAAAAGUUGUCAUCAAUGGAAAUGCUAUUUCAAUGGACUCAAAAUAUUGGGAAAACCCAGAAGAAUUCCGACCUGAAAGAUUUUUAGAGAAUAUUAAUAAUUUCAAAGGUCAUGACUUCGAGAUGCUACCGUUCGAGGGUGGAAGAAGAAGCUGCCCCGGUAUGAACUUCGCGGAAGUUCUCGUUGAACUUGUCUUGGCAAAUUUACUUCCUUGUUUUGACUGGAAAUUGCCUUAUGGUAUGAAAGCAAAGUGA